AUGAGCGAAGGCUUCCGUUCGUGGUCGGAGAAGGUCAUCUGCAGCCAAUUCUUCAAGGAAAAUUCUGGAUCAUUGUGGGCGUCCAAGUUCCCCAACAUCCUCAUCCACAAGAAAAACCCCCUUACCAUGGCCAUCUCGUGCUACACGCUCAAAACCACAUUCAAGCUUGGGGGCAAGGAUUUCCAACUUCCCAAGUACUUGCGAUACGGGCAAAAUUAG